AUGCCCAAAUCCAAACGCGCCCGCGUGGUGCACACCUCCGUGGUGCAGAAGAAAGCCUCCAAGGAAAAGUCCGCGUCCCUCUACGCCGCCGUGCAAUCCGCCGUCGACUCCCACGCGCACAUCUUCGUCUUCUCCGUCGAGAACAUGCGCAACACGUACCUCAAAGACGUCCGCCAGGAAUUCUCCUCCGACUCGCGCCUCUUCUUCGGCAAGACAAAAGUCAUGGCGAAAGCACUCGGUGCCGGCCCAGAAGAUGAGCAUGCCCCGGGACUGCAUAAGUUGAGUGGGUAUUUGAAGGGGAAUGUCGGGCUGCUGUGUACGAAUCGCGCGCCCAGGGAGGUGUUGGAGUAUUUCGAGGGGUAUGUGGAGGUUGAUUUUGCGAGGGCGGGGAUUGCUGCGACGAGGACGGUGACGGUGCCUGCGGGGGUGGUUUACAGUCGCGCUGGGGAAGUCCCUGCGGAGGACGAUGUUGCUCUGCCACAUUCGUUGGAAGUGACUGUGAGAAAGUGGGGCAUGCCGACGAGGUUAGACAAGGGAAAAGUGGUGCUGGAUCAGGAGUACACGAUCUGCCAAGAGGGGAAAGAGAUGAACAGUCAUCAGACGGCGUUGCUCAAAUUGUUCGGCAUCGCCAUGGCCGAGUUCAAGGUCGACAUCAAGGCAUAUUGGAGUGCAGCGACGCAAGAGGUCACCGAGGUCGAUUCGCAAGCGGAUGCAGGUGCUAUGGAAGAGGGAUGA